GCUCUCUGUGUGUGGAGUUUGUACUCUCUCCCUGUGUUGUGUGGUUUUUUUUCCCCCAUAGUCAAACAAUUAGGCUAACUGACGUCUCUUAGUUGCCCAUAUGUUCUUUUCAUUUUAAUUUUCAUAUUUUAUGUUCAUUUACUGCAUGCAUUUUAUUUUUCAUUUUAUUUCCUGUAAAGCAGGUUGAAUGACUUUUGUCUUUGAAACUGUGCAAUACAAAUGACUUGAUUUGCCUCGACAUGCAGUAGAUAAUGAGAUUGUGCAUGUACGUGCCCCCUGAAGUACUGCUGUCCUGACUUCUUCUAUUGCUUGAUGAUUUCGGCCUGUAUCAAAAUAUCACUAUUAUUUGCGCAAGAGAAAUUCAGUAUCUGGAAUCCUUUGGUUUAAACAAAUUUUUCGGUUCUUGUCAUUGUUCAAAGAUUUCUAGUUUAUUAAAUGUAUUAAUUACCCACUAUACUUUUGCUGUGUUGUAACACUUCUAUAUACAGUAAGACAGAUCUUCAGGUUGCCAAUUUAUUCAUUGAUUAAAUAACAAACCAUCUGAAGCUUGAUCAUAUUACAUAAUUGUUGGUUUAAAUGAGAUAGUGACCCUACCAUAAUUCAACAAUGGAAUCAAUUUGAAAGUAAUCACUUGUCAUUAAUGUGACAUUAAUGUGGACAUAACUAACUGAUCAUAGUGUUUGAUGAUUAAAUGAAUAGUGAUUUAUGUCCAUCCUGUACAGUAAGUGGCCAUCCUCAAGCAAUUUCCCUGCAGAGCUAAUUAGGACUGUGAUCGUCAUGUUUCCCUGGGUGUUACAGUGGAGUCACGUCAUUCCUGUGUAACAGUGCUGUAAUGAUUGAAGGCAAACAACAGAAUCCAGAAGCAUAUAAAGGCCUACAGGUCUGCUGGACGGAUAGAGGCAUCAAACAGCCAUACAGAGGAGGACAAGGUGAUACUAUGUAAUCUGGCAGAGCUUAAUGCAUCAGAGAAUUAGAACGGGAUCCUUCUGACUCAGUCCUACAGACUGAUAACAUGAUGAGACAAAAGUCAGCAUUUAUCCUAAUUAUUAAGCAAUGUGGUUCUUCUGAGCAGGUCUGUUAGUCAUGCUCACCGUGGAAGCCAGAGCCAGACGAUCAAUUAGAAAGAAGCUCCGUGUCUCUGAACGCCACCUCAAGUCAGCUCAGAUGGAGAACUCUUCAAGUGAACUUAUUUUUCUGCUGAGUGGCUUGAAUGAGACUAAAACAAAGAGACAGAUCUUUUUUGGCCUUUCCAUCCUUGCCUAUGUUUUCACCAUUUUUGUGAAUUUAACUCUGAUUUUGACCAUAUUGCUGGAGAAGAUUCUCCAUGAGCCCAUGUUCAUCUUCCUGUGUAAUCUGUGUGUAAACUGCAUUUGUGGCUCUACAAGUUUCUAUCCAAAGCUACUGAUUGACCUUCUGUCAGACUCUCAUGUGAUCUCAUACACUGCAUGUAUAAUUCAAAUAUUUGGAAUCUACAUGUAUCUCUUCUGUGAAAAUACAAAUUUAUCAGUAAUGGCUUAUGACAGGUAUGUUGCAAUAUGCAAACCGUUGGAGUAUCACUCUAUUAUGACGCCUCGGAGAGUAGGAAUGUUAGUGCAAAUAACGUGGUUCUUAACUUUCACAGAAACAAUUGUUGGCAUUGGGCUUAUAGUCAGGCUGCCCUUGUGUGGAUACAGAAUUAAUAAGCUUUAUUGUUUUGACUGGGAUGUGGCAAAGUUGUCCUGUAUAGAUACCACCUUAAACAAUUUAUAUGCCUUCGGUAUCAUGGCUUUUCAUAUAUUUCAACUCCUUCUAAUUAUAAUCUCCUAUGCCCUAAUCAUCAGGACAUGUGUUCAGUCUCAGGCAGAGCGUAAUAAGUUCAUGGAGACCUGCCUGCCUCAUAUUAUCACUCUGGGUAUCCUGGCCGUUUCUGCAUCUUUCGACGUUGUAUCAGCACGUUUCAGCUCAGAUGCCUCCCUGCAGGCUCUCAGAAACAGCCUUUCUAUAAUGUACCUCAUUGUUCCUCCAAUUCUGAACCCUCUCGUUUAUGGUUUGAAACUGAAGCAGCUUCGUAGGAUUGUGUGGAGAAGGUUUAACAGCAAAAUUAUUGCACUGAAAUAACUAAGGUGGCAUGGAGGUUCAGGGCAUCAUACUGUUACCUCUCACCUCCAGAGUUUGGGAUUAAAAUUUGUCCUUUGCUUUAUGUGUGGAGUUUGCAUUUUCAGCCUGUGUUCCUUGGCUUUCCUUCCACAGCCCAACACAUGUGAUUAGGAUAACUGGAGUUUUUAUUUUGCCCAUACAUAAUGUGCUAGUGCAACUAUGUCCCCUAUGGGGGACUGGUGUCCUAUCUAGCAAGUACCCCGGCCUUGUGCCUAAUUCUGCCAAGCGUAGGCUGCAAGCCCAACCUUUCAGGAUUGGGUCUUGUCUUGCCCUGUUCAGUCAAUCUUCUCGUUUUCACCAACCGGUGUCACUGCGAUCCCCUUUCCUCUAGUUUGGUAUUGUUUUGUUCCCUAGUGCGUUCCCCUGCUCCCAGUGGUGUGUCACAUUGCUGUGCUGGCUGAAUGUGCGUCUGACUCCAGUGUCGCUGUCCCCACUGUCGAGGGUGUGAGAGUGGCCAGUCUCUGCUUCACUGGACAUUUUCAGUUUUUAUUUCCCGAUCUCUGUUCACUUCUAUGUAUGUUUUAUUUUUCCCUGCUUGUUUUUAGUUUUGUAGUAUUUUAUGACAUCCCAGUACUUUGCUCUUACUGUUUGAGUCCUUAGUGAUUGUGACCCUCACCUGUUUCUUGUUACUCCUAG